AUGGCCAAUCUUCAAUUGUCGCUUCAAACGGAUGGCAAAACUACUUUUCCGCCGAGUCUUACACCACCUGUGACUCCAAUCGCCAAGAAAAGUGGACCAGUUAGUCUAUUACAAAACACAAACACAGACCAAAGACCCUCCAAAGAAAAUCCCUGUAUACUAUCAUUUACCGACGACCUCGAAAUCUGUCGCGACAGCAAUGACCGAUCCGUCGAGUUCGGCCGUGGUGUCUGGAGCAUAGUAUACAAAGCACGCUCAGCACCCGCCAAAACCGCCCUGGGAACACCCCCAAGCUCGCCAGUCACGGUCGCGCAGGUAUUCGCUGUGAAAGCACCAUUGCGCCGCGAUGCGCGCCCAGUACUCAAAGCCGAAGCCAUCACUCUCACCCGCCUCACCUACACCCCAGGCCACGAGCACCACAUUGUCCCCUACCACGGCUUCCACGCCGAGCUCUGCGCCCUGGUACUAACAGCAAUCCCUCUCUCAUUGUCAACCUACAUCGAGGAGCAAUCGGAUAUCGCGCGCAACCGCAAACCCGCAACACCAACAAUGUUCGACCCCGUCCAAGGCCCAGUAUCCUACCAAGCUCUCGCGCGCAAGCUGAUCAGCGGCUUGGACUGGCUGCACAACACCGCCGGUGUUGUCCACGGCGAUAUCAAGCCACAGAACAUCCUUCUCCGCGCAACCGAGGACGACGGCGAAUUCCCGUACGAGCCGCUGUUCGUGGAUUUCUCCGCGACGGUCGAAAUCCCGCAAGACGAGAACGAGCCGCUCGAUACAACGCGCGCGUCCAUGUCCUCGUUUACCCCGCCGUUCACGGCGCCGGAGAUGCUGGCUUCGCUUACCUGUACUGAGAUGGCGCCGACGCCUGCGUCGGACGUGUUUUCGCUUGCGGCGACGCUGCUUGCUGCUGCCACGGGGGAUUUGCUGCUGUAUUCGAAUAUGAAUCAUCGGUUGAGGCUUGAGAUGGCGAGGGCUGGGCAUCAGAUUAUUGAUUUCACGCGCUCUGGGAUGAAUGGGAGUCGGGUGCCGAGGAAUGGGUUUGUUGAGCGCAUCGUCAAGCCUGCUGUUGUAAAGGACCCAGCUAUGCGGAUUCCGGCGGCAGAUUGGGUGACGCUUGCAUCGGUUUGA